CGCGCGGCCACGCUCACAUGAUUGAGCCAAGAUGGCGUCGCCGGGCUCGCUGUGGCUCUUGGCUGCUGCUCUGCUGCCGUGGUCCUGCCACGCUCGGGCGCUGGGGCAUCCCGAUCUGCCCUUGCCGUUGCCGCUGGUGAUCUGGCAUGGGAUGGGAGACAGUUGUUGUAAUCCCCUGAGCAUGGGUGCUAUUAAAAAAAUGGUGGAGAAGAAAAUACCUGGAAUUUAUGUCUUGUCUUUAGAGAUUGGGAAGAACAUCAAAGAGGACAUGGAGAACAGCUUCUUCUUGAAUGUCAAUUCCCAAGUAAGGACAGUGUGUCAGAUUCUUGCUAACGAUCCUAAAUUGCAGCAAGGCUACAAUGCUAUGGGAUUCUCCCAGGGAGGCCAAUUUCUGAGAGCAGUGGUUCAAAGAUGCCCAUCACCUCCCAUGAUUAAUCUGAUCACAUUUGGGGCACAACAUCAAGGUGUCUUUGGAUUCCCUCGAUGCCCAGGGGAGAGCUCUCACAUCUGUGACUUCAUCCGAAAAAUACUGAAUGCUGCAGCUUACUCCAAAGUUGUUCAGGAACGCCUGGUGCAAGCAGAAUACUGGCAUGAUCCCAUAAAGGAAGAUGUGUACCGCAACCACAGCAUUUUCUUGGCAGAUAUAAAUCAGGAAAGGAGUGUCAAUGAGUCCUACAAGAAAAACUUGAUGGGCCUGAAGAAGUUCGUGAUGGUGAAAUUCCUCAAUGAUAGCAUUGUGGAUCCUGUAGACUCUGAGUGGUUUGGAUUUUACAGAAGUGGUCAAGCCAAGGAAACUAUUCCCCUACAGGAGACCACACUGUACACAAAGGACCACCUUGGGCUAAAGGAAAUGGACAAAGCUGGAAAGCUAGUGUUUCUGGGUACAGAAGGGGACCAUCUUCAGCUGUCUCAAGCAUGGUUUUAUGCCCACAUCAUACCCUUCCUUGAAUGAAGCCCCCCCAGUUGUAACAGAGCUCAAGGAGCCCCUAACUUUCAAGCCAUGUGGAAGUUUUCCUGCCCAAUCCUGAGCUCAGAUCGGCUUGCAACUAAUCUCUCCUUCUGUUAUCAUCUAACAUGCCCUACUUGGAAAGAUCUAAGAUCCGAAUCUUAUCCUCUGCUGGCCUCCUAUCACCAUAUGGUGUUGAAUUCAAUUUUAAUUAGUUAAUAACUAGAGAUUGUUUUACAACCUGGUGAUGUGGUCAAGCUGUCUCAGGAAAGGGAGUCCACUGCACAUCAAUGCCAGAAUUGUGCCAGUACCGAGGAGACUGAGCAAAUAAAAGCAGCGCAAGUUAAUAUCUAGGCAAAGAGGGCCAAGCCCAAGGCCAGAGGUGCUACAUAAAUACUAUCUCAGUGUUACUGGUGGAGAUUUAACUAGUGUUCAGAAAGGUAUUGCUUGUGAGUUUCUGCAUAAUUUAAGGCUGCUUUCUUGAGUCAUGUUGCCUUGUGUGGUAUCUUAGCAAUUGGUCGACAGAUUACACUAACCUACCAUCCUGCCCCUCCAGAACUCAUUUUUGUCUCCUCAGGUAGUGAUGAAUUAGUUGCUGUUACAAAAGAGGGGAAGUAGUACUCAGUGGGGUUGCUUCAGAACAGAAACAUACAUUUUGCAUCAUUCAAGACAGUGGGGAGUAGGUGGUGAUAGAAACAGAUGCAGGAAUGAAAACGAGGCAGCUGGUUCUUCCCACUCCAUCCUUGAUUAAUCUAUCCUUACUAUGGGCCUAGUGGCCUGGAUGCUAAUCACUGGCUGGCUUUAGCAGAGAAAUAGGGGAACAGUGCAAAGAGGCCAGGCUUUCUAACUUCUGUCCCCAAAACCAUACUUACCAGCAUCUUCCAAACUGAUGUUGAUAAAUGUUCUGUGAGAAAAAAACACUUGAAGAGGCAGGUCCAGUGCUACACACAUGUAAUCCCAGCUACUUGGGAAGCUUGAGGCAGGAAGACUGUAAGUUGAGUCCAGCUGGGACAAUUAACAGGACCUUGUCUCAGAAUAUAGAGUUGGGGAUUUAGCUCAGUGGUAAGUGCUUUCCUAGGACACACAAGGCCCUGGGUUCAAUUCCUAGUACCUCAAAAAAAAAAAAAAAAAGCUUUAAGAUUAUUCCGUAUUUACUUCUUUCACUUCUUGGAAACCAACCCACAUUACACUAAGGACUGAGAGUUCUUUAUGGUUAGUACCAAAAACCAACCAUCAA